ACCGACAAAGUCGAACUGAUCUCAGCUUUUUUUACCUGGAACGUCCACAUAUGGAUUUUAAAAUCAGAUUUCGCAACAAUCGCAUGGAUUAAAAGGAUUUUUUUUCGUUCAAAGUGAUUUAAAUUAUAUGCUGAAAUUUUGACAUCAAACUCGCAAAACCAAAAAGCGAAGAAAUUGCUUCAAAAACCAUCAUUCUAUUUCUAAGAAAAUGCUCGCGCAGUCAGAAGAUUCCAAGAAACAAUGGCAAAGAGGAUCAAGUUUUCCGCGUCGUCGUAAAACCACCUACGUCGCCGCAUUCCUCUUUUCAAUGGCCUACUUGUGUCUCUUGAUUUUCGCUCCUGUUUUUCGUGCAGGCAGGAAAUCAUUCCCGAAUUCCGUGAGUUGGCAGCAACAAUUGAAGGCGAAGGAAUUGCUCGAUUUGGGCAGACACGACGCGAGCGGCCGAUUUCGAAUUGUGCCCUUUGUGCUGGCUGGCAGCAGAUGGUCCUCUCUGUCUGCGAACGCGUCUUCCGUGCUGUGCGUCGCCACGCAAAUCACCCUCGGGCAAUCCGACUUGCUGCUCCCGUUUGUGGAAACAGCCCCAGGUGCCGUGUCCGUCGCGCUUUUCCUGCCACGCCAAGAGAUUGUUGCGGCUCUGACGCUGCUCAAAUUCCUGCGCUCCUGCAACGCCGCCCUGCACCACAGGGCAAGUGUUCAUUUAGUAGUGCCGCACGACAGCGGCAUCAUGCAAAGCCCUGUUGACGAGGGAAACUCCGUGGACUGUGGUCAAAAGGCCAGCGAGAUUUUGCGAAUAAUAACCGCAGGCCGAGAAUUAGCCAAACUCGAGGGUCCACCCGCUGGCCUGCUGCGCAACGUGGCCCUGGAACAUUGCCAUAAUGAAUGGCGAGCGUCUAUAGAGCCGCAAAUGCAAUUCCCGCGGGGAAAGACUGCAGACUUGGCGAGAAAUUUGAAUGGGUUUUUGGCCGCUCGCAGUGCCAGUGAAAGGGUCGCUUUCGUUUUGCCUGAAUUCGUGCUCGUUAAAGGCGCAAUGCCCGAAAAUAGAGCCGAGUUAUUAAGCCACGCACUGGACGGAAAAGUUCAGCCGAGAGGAGAUUAUCCGAACGCCUAUUUGCCUUCCGAGUUGGAACGUUGGAGGAGUUUCGGCGCCCCUUCGAAUUUGGUCGCCGCCGCUUACAAAGUGGACAAGCUCAAUUUUGGCUACCAGCCCGCUUUUUUGUCGCGCUGGAAAACUCCUCGUUUUGACGAAAGGUACGCCGGAGAGGCCCUGGUGAAAUUCUCACAGGCUCAAGAUGCUGAUGAACAUUUUGUGCCUGGCAUUGACUCUCGUCUGCAAAGCCUCAGACGCUGCGCCUUUGAUUUUAAAACCUGUUGACGAUGUCAAGUUAGUUGAUGAUGCCAAGGCAGUUGAACCGGCGGAUGAAGUCAAGAUUGACAAGCCGGUUGACGAUGCAGGCGCAGUAGUUGACGAUGAAAACCCCGAUGAAGAGGACGAAGUCAAGAAUCGUAUCAAUUUCGGACCUGUGAAUUUUGGAGCAUCUGCAAGCGCGAGUGCUUCAGCCUCUGUGUCAAUCGGAAAUGGUUUGAGCAGCACUUUUUCAAAUGCACAAAGCACUGCUUCCGGGGGUGGAAGUUUCGCCGCUGCACCACCAUUCGGAGGCAGUUUUUCCAACGCACACGCAGGUGGAUUUUCUAAUAGUGGCCCUCAACCGGUGGCUUUUUCCAAUGCAAAUUCGGCGUCUCACAGCCAGGCUGGGGGUGGUUUUUCCCAAGCUAACGCAGGGGCUCAAACGGUUGUGGUGCAGCAACCGGUUUACGUUUCACAACCUACAACUUUUUCUAAUGCACAAAGUUCAGCGUUCGGAGGGGGUGGUUUUUCUCAAUCUAAUGCCCAAAGCUCAUCAGGUGGAUUUUCACACUCCAACGCAGGCGCUCAAACGGUUGUCGUACAACAACCUGUUUAUAUAUCACACCCCAGUCACCCCACAACCUUUUCUAAUGCAAACGCGCAAAGUUCAGGUUUCGGAGGGGGUGGCUUUUCUCAAUCUAACGCAGGUGCGCAAACAGUUGUGGUGCAAACACCUGUUUAUGUAUCCCACCCCACAACGUUUUCCAAUUCAAACACCCAAAGUUCUACUGGGGGUGGUUUUUCAAACGCCCAGGCUAGUGCCCAAAGCUCUUCAGGGGGUGGAUUUUCAAAUACUCAUAGUGUUGGUGGUGGAAGCUCGAGCUUCUCCAGUGCAAAUGCAGUGACUCACGGCUCGGCUGGGGGUGGUUUUUCCCAAGCAAACGCUGGUGCCCAAGCAGUCGUGCAACAACCUGUCUACGUCAGCCACCCUACGACUUUUUCCAAUGCUCAAAGUUCAGCUGUGGUAUUUGGAGGGGGUGGUUAUUCUGGGGAGCAUACGGAGUCAUCAGAGGGUGGAUGGGGUCACAGCGGGGAAGAAUUUUCAGGCCCUGUUUGGGGUAACGGAGCUUCUUCGGCGUCUUCCGCCUCUGCAAAUAGCGCCGCAGGUUGGGGCAAUCACGGAUCUGCAGAAUAUACUAGCAACGAAAGUGAAAGUGCAUCUUCAGCGGUUGUUGGAGGCAAUCAAAAUUGGGGUGCGUCGAGCUCCGCCUCUGCGUGGGCCAGUGCAUCAUCAGGAGCGGGAGUUUUGCCCCCGAGGGCUUCGGCGACGACAAACGCGGAGACGGAGGCGUCUCCAACGGCAGGAGAGGAAUUGCCAGAGAAAUGGUCUUGGAAUGAUCGUUGAUUGAAAUUGUCCAGUUUUGCAAAAAUUCUGGAAAUUGAUUUUUAUGUAAUAAAAUUAAUAGAAAUUUAAAUAACGACGCAGAAUAUAAAUAUAAAAAAUAUAAUAAAAAUAGCUGUGUGAAUAAUUUAAUGUAUUUAAUUUAAAAAAUGCAGGUUUACGAGAUGCUGAUGCAAGGUUAUCAGUUUUAUGUGCUCGAUACGAUGUACUUGUGCGGCAACUCAUCUGGGAUGGCGUCUGCUAUUCCCCUCGGAUCCGACAUGCACAUUUUCCACGAAUCGCAUC